AUGGCCUCAGCAGUCCCGGCCAAGCUCAAGGCCGCCGCACCAGACGUGCAGAGAUUCGUCACAAGAGCUGCGCAGCUGGAAAAGUUCCGGCCGAUAGUCUCUUACUGGUGUACGCAGCCAGCUUCCACCAUCCGUAUUGCUUUGCUAAGAUGAUUGAAUUGCAGGCGAAUACUUCGUCCUUCAGCAGAUCCUCAAUCGACAACUGCACACCCAAGACGAGGAAUGCACGCAAUACGCCAUGCAAUUGAUGGAUAAAAUGGAAGCCUACAAGGCGACCAACGCUUCGAACGACGCAGUAAUAGACGACGUUGCAGCAAAAGCAUACAUUGAGAACUUUGCAUUGGACACAUUCAGUAGAGGCGACGAAGCGCAGAGGAAUAAUAAGGUCACAAAACAGACGGCGGACACAUUUCAAGCAUCGGCCACCUUUAUGGACUUGCUGAGCAUAUGGGGACCACUUGAGCCAGAGAUUCAGGCCAAGCUCAGGUUCGCAAAAUAUCAUGCUCUGAGGAUAGCCAAGGCAAUCAAGGCUGGGGAGGAUCCGAAUGCGACAAAUCCAGCAGUCGAGCCAGAGCCAAAACCUGACGGGGAAGUGGAUGAUGGCAUUGAAGCCGAAUUGAAGGAUAUGGAGAACGAUACCGGAGCCUACAAGAAGCCUACAGUUGAGAGUGCGCCUGAUAACCAGCAGCCAUCAAGACCUCAGUCGACAUUCCAGACGGAUCCAUUGCAGCAUCCACUUGCGGGAACAAACAACGUCUCCGCGACCACUACUCACCCCACCGAGCCUGACGUCUCGCCUAUCGAACCAACCGACAACAUCAAUAGCAGAGCAGGAUCUGUCGGCGGCGGCUACUUCCCUUCUGUACCUGAUGCACCAAGUAACGUCAAUGUCGUGGCUCCUGUAGGCCAACCACCCUCGUCCAUGUCUACUUUCGCGACAGCCGACCCAGCAGACUUCUAUAGUGAUGCGCAGCCGCAAGGUCCCACAGCACCGGGUCCAUCCGAUCUCGGUAUUGCCAGUCCGGACAGGCUCCAUCGGUCUACUCCGCACCAGAUGGUCCCGCAACCACCUGCUGCCGCUGCUGCUCCAAUGCCGGCGCCUAAGCCCCCGGUGGUCGCCCCUCCGCCUGUUCAAGCACCACCAGCUCAAGCCACCAUUAACCUGACUGGACCACCUCCUGGUGGAUACAAAACUGACGAUGAAUCGAUUCUGGCGGCACAGAAACAUGCCAAAUGGGCCAUUUCCGCACUCAACUUUGAGGACGUCGACACAGCCGUUAAGGAAUUGAGAAUAGCGUUGAACAACUUAGGUGCCAGUUGA